CAUUGUUUGUUUCUCUAAUAAUUGGGUCUCAGUUUUCACCACUUUCUCUCUCCACUUCACUUGCUCUAUACGCGGCGGCGCGUGUCUUUUACGAAGAAAUGGGACAAGCUCCCUCCACCCACGGCUAUCCUCCCGAUUCUGUCCCUGACCUCUCCCACCCCCACCACAUCCAUCUCUGCACCUCCGUCGCUGCUCCCGAAGCCGAUUGGCAGCUGUUGGACCACACAGCUGAGAUCCCAGACGAGUGCUUGGCUCUCGUGUUCCAAUCGCUCAGCUCCGGCGACAGGAACUCCUGCUCCCUGGUUAGCCGCCGCUGGCUCGCCGUGGAGGGGCAGAGCCGCCACCGCCUCACUCUGAACGCCGCCGCGCAGGUGGCCCCGCAACUCAGCUCCAUCUUCACCAGAUUCGACUCCGUCACGAAGCUCGCCCUCCGCUGUGACCGGAAAUCCGUCAGCAUAGACGAUGACGCCUUAACCUUGAUCUCCCUCCGCUGCCCCAACCUCACGCGCCUCAAGCUCCGCAGCUGCCGCGAGAUCUCUGAUGCUGGUAUGCUAGCCCUAGCCACCAAUUGCAAGCUCCUCCGCAAAUUCUCCUGUGGAUCCUGCAUGUUUGGGGCUAAAGGCAUGAACGCGCUCCUCGAUAACUGCUCCUCACUGGAGGAGCUCUCCGUGAAGCGAUUGCGCGGAAUCGACGAUGGAUUCGCCGAGGAGCCGAUCGGCUCCGGCGCUGAAGCGGCGGCGCUUAAAUCAAUUACGCUCAAGGAGCUCUAUAACGGUCAGUGCUUCGGUCCGUUGAUAGUUGGAUCGAAGAAUUUGAAAACACUGAAGAUUUUGAGGUGUUUGGGGGAUUGGGAUAGAAUGCUGGAGAGCAUCACAAGUAGGAAAAAUUGUUUAUCAGAGAUUCAUCUGGAGAGGCUGCAGGUGAGCGAUUUCGGUUUAUUUGCGGUUUCCAAGUGCCCUAAUUUGGAGGUUUUUCACUUGGUGAAGGCGCCUGAUUGCUCCAACGAUGGGAUUUUAUCCAUUGCUGAGAAUUGUAGGGUUUUGAGGAAAGUCCACAUCGAUGGGUGGCGGACUAACCGAAUUGGGGAUGAAGGUUUGAUCGGCAUUGCGAAGAACAGCGUGAAUCUCGUGGAAUUAGUGCUGAUUGGUGUGAAUCUGAGCUCCGUAAGCUUAAUGGCCAUGGCGUUGAACUGCCAAAAAUUGGAGAGAUUGGCUCUGUGUGGAAGUGAAAACAUUGGAGAUGCUGAGAUCACUUGUGUUGCGGAUAAGUGCGUAGCUUUAAAGAAGCUCUGCAUCAAGGGAUGUCGUGUGACGGAUACUGGGAUUGAGGCUUUCGCGUUUGGGUGCCCUAAUUUGGUGAAGAUCAAGGUGAAGAAGUGCAGGGGAGUGACGAGUGAGGCCGUGGAUUGGCUGAGGGCGAGGAGGGUGACGCUGUCUGUGAGCUUGGAUGCCGAUGAGAUGGAGCCUGAGGUGCUGGAGGCUGCCACAGCCACUGAUUACGCGCCCGACUUCCCCCCAAUAGCCAAUGCUCCUUCUACGAGCAAUGCAGCCCGGCGGCUCCCUAAUAAGUCCAGGUUUAGCCUUCUCGCUUGUGCUUUUAGAAGGGUAUCAAAUGCUAAUGCUACUUCAAAUUUGUAGAGAUGCAUUGUUUUCUUGAUACAUACAUGACUUGAUUCAAUUCUUGAUGUUGUUUGUAUGUAACCUGUCCAAUUCAUUAAGAUCCCUUUUUACUAAAGUAUUUGCAAAACAUGAAUGGCAUUUAGUUUUGUUUCUUUAUUUCUUA